AUGGUUCAAUCGUAUGGUUACUCUCCUGGUGCAGGCACCAUUGUCUCCCGAGCAGUAGCAGCAGCAGCAGCAAACAAUCACCAUUCAAGCAAAAAAGCAGGUCGCACCUCUAAGCGUUACUCUGUCUCUGCAUUCUACUCCAUGGCAGCUGAACAAGAUAAUGAAGUGGAGGAUGAGCUCGCCCAAGCUCAAAGGAAGCUACGCGACCUCAAGACAAAAAUCUCGGCUCAGUCAAAAAAGAACUUUGUGUUGGAACGUGAUGUUCGCUAUCUCGAUUCACGUAUUGCUUUAUUGAUCCAGAAUCGUAUCGCAUUGAGCGAGCAAAAUGAAAUGGUAGCCCAUUUUGAGGAGCAUGGAGAAGGAGACAGUGAUUUCUAUCCAGACGACCGCAAAAUCCAGCUCUAUGGCAACCUAUUCUUUAUCCUGCAAAGCGAACCACGACACAUAGCAACGCUUUGUCGACUCGUCAACUUGGCUGAAAUUGAUACGUUGCUUCAGACCGUCAUGUUUACAUUGUAUGGCAACCAAUAUGAAAGCCGUGAAGAACAUUUGUUGUUGACCAUGUUUCAGAAUGUGCUGGCUGCUCAAUUUGAAACGUCGACUGAAUUUGGUUCUCUGCUACGAGCGAAUACACCUGUGUCUCGAAUGAUGACAACAUACACACGACGUGGCCCUGGUCAAGCGUAUCUCAAGUCCGUCUUAGCAGAAAAGAUCAACAGCCUGGUGGAACACAAGGACUUGAAUUUGGAAAUCAAUCCUCUCAAGGUAUAUGAGCAAAUGGUUGCACAAAUCGAACAAGACCGGGGACAACUCCCACAAGAUAUGCCGAGAAGUGUUACGCCUGAAGUAGCUGCUGAGAACCCGGAUGUCCAAGCCAUCAUUCAACCACGUCUGAAAAUGCUUAUGGAGAUUGCUGAGAGCUUUUUAUCCACCAUCCUUGCAUCCACUGACGCCGUGCCUUAUGGUAUCCGAUGGAUCUGCAAGCAAAUUCGAUCUUUGACUAAGCGAAAGAGUCCCAAUGCUUCUGAAUUCUCAGUAUGCUCAAUGAUUGGAGGCUUCUUCUUUUUACGGUUCAUCAACCCUGCUAUUGUCACCCCACGAGCCUAUAUGCUUUUGGAGAAUGCACCCAACAAACACCCACGAAGAACAUUGACAUUGAUUGCCAAGAUGCUUCAAAAUCUCGCCAACCGCCCUUCCUACGCCAAAGAGAGUUACAUGCUUCCAACCAAUCCGUUUGUCGAAUCAAACAAGCAACGCAUCAACAAAUUCCUCAACGAGCUGUGUGAAGUGAGCGACUUUUAUGAAUCACUGGAGAUGGAUCAAUACAUGGCACUAUCAAAGAAGGAUAUCGUCCUCAACAUCACGCUGAAUGAGAUAUACAGCACCCAAUCACUUAUUUUGCAGCAUUUGGAUAUUCUUGCACCAAAAGAAAAAGAUCAUAUUCGUGUUUUGAUGAAUGAGAUUGGUCCUUCAAUUCCACAAGUGUCACGCAAAGAAAAUAAGGCUAUCGAGUUACCAUUAUUCAGUCGUUGGGAAGUUCCCAUUCAAGAUUUGACUACCGCAUUGAUGUCUGAGAACAACAUUACACAAAACGACAUUCUAUACAUGGAGACAAAAGCCAUUUAUGUCCAGCUUAUUCGAUCACUACCUCAUCUUGCUGCAUCGGCUGCUGCUGGUGGACCAUUGGAUCUUGAUUAUAUUGCAGAGACAGCAGCAACCACCAAAGAUACACAGCUUGUACGAAAGGGGAUCAAGGUUAAAGACAUGUUGCGUGAACUCGAGGAUGCUGGCAUCGUUGAUCAUCGUGAUGGAUACAAGUUGCUCGUAGAAGAAAUCACCCAGGAGCUCGCACAUCUUGGCAACUUGAAAGAAAAGGUCAUUCAAGAGCUCGACUCAUUGGAAAGCGUAUACAAGGCCAUUCUUGAUCACAACACUUUCCUCCGAAGCCAGCUUGAAAGUUACAAGGCCUAUCUGCAGAAUGUGCGUAUUCAAAGCGGCAGUGACAAGAAAUCCAAAAACUCGGUUGGCAUUGGUGUUGAGGUGGAUGGCAUGCCCAAAAAGCCCAAAAAGCAAUCAGCCCAAGGACCUGUCAAGUUCACUCAUAGCCAAAUGGAAAAGGAUGGUGUUAUUGCAGAGAGCACAGUACCUGAGAGCAGGCGUCCCAACAUCUUUUUCCUCAUCACAUCACCUUUACCUGGUACAUUUAUGAUUGCCAUGCACUUUAAAGGACGAGAAAAGCCGAUCCUUGAGAUGGAUCUCAAGCUGGAUGAUCUGCUAGAAAAGCAACAAGACAACGUUGAAUUGCUCGACCUUGAGUAUGUGCGACUGAAUGUGUCCAGAAUCCUGACGUUAUUGAACAAGACAUUUGUUACCCGUAAUAAGUAA